AUGAGCCACGUUUUGCUGCUCGACCUCACGCUCAUUUUAUCUGCUGCUGCCAUCCUCAGUAACASCAGCAGCAGUCAGACUCACAGGCUGCUCGUUGCCUUCCAGGCUCCCUGGAACAUGUCCUUCCCCUUCAGCGCCCGGCGCCUGGGCUCGGCCAUCCAGAUAGCCGUGGAGAAGGUGAACAACAACCCCUCCUUCCUGGGGAACUACAGUCUGGAUUUUGUCUACAAGGACACAGGCUGUAAUCCCAAAGAGUCCUUGGGAGAAUUCAUCCAGCAGGUGUGGAGGGAAAACGUGACAGCUCUCUUUGGUCCAGCGUGUCCUGAGGAAGCAGAGGUCACUGGUCUGAUCGCCUCAACAUGGCACAUCCCAAUGUUCGGCUUUGUGGGCCAGUCCUCCAAACUGGACAACGGCGACAUGUACGAUUCCUACAUCAAAAUCAUGCCCCCUCUUAAAAGAAGCUCGGAGGUUCUGGUGAAGACCCUGCAGUUCUUCGGGUGGAGCCACGUGGCGAUGAUCGGAGGGGGGUUGGAGACAAACACUUGGGACAAAGUUGACGCUCUGUGGAAAACGGUGGAGAACCCACUGAGGACCAAGUUCAAACUGACCGCAGAGGUGAAGUUUGACACCAGCAACCCUGAUCUCAUUUCUCAAAACGUCAAGUACAUCUCAACUGUCGCCAGAGUUAUUGUGGUGCUGACGAACAGGGAGGACUCCGUGUCCCUGCUGCUGGAGGCWGAGCGCCAAGGCCUGAUGAACGGCGACUACGUGUUCUUCCUGGUACAGCAUUUUGAGGAUAACUUGUGGAAAAAUGUUAUAAACAGCAGGAUAAACCAAGCUGCUACAAGAGCAUUCGACAUGACGUUUAUCAUCGGCCAGAGGUCCUACGAAGGUUACGAGUACUAUGACUUCUACAAGCAAGUCUAUCAAAAGCUGAAAGGACAUCCUUUCUGGAGCAACCUAACAUCUGAGAGUGAGGUUAGUCCCUACGCAGCCUAUCUGCAUGACGCGGUUCUUCUAUAUGCCAUGGGACUGAAGGAAGUUCUGAAAGAUGGAAACGACCCGUACGAUGGCCGGCAGCUUCUGCAAAAACUGAGAACUACAGGCAAUAUUCGAUUUCAUGGUGCCUCUGGACUCGUUCACUUUGACGAAGAGGGCGAGAGGAAUGUGGACUACUCGAUUUAUGAUCUGCAGUAUGUGGGCAACAACAUCCUGUUUGUGCCGAUCCUACACUUCGAAAGUCAAACCAAAAGUGUCAGACCAACGUCUAUGUUAACUUCUGUGGUUUGGCCAAAAGGAAAGCCCCCCACUGAUAUACCAGAAUGUGGUUUUAAUGAUGAACUCUGCGAAUGGCUGACUAAUGAUAUCGCCCUGCUGGCCGUGAUAGUUACCUUCCCCGUCGUUGGUAUAGUGGCCAUUUUGUGGAUUGGCGUCCUAAUGCUGCAGAAGUUUCGGCUCCAAACGAGGCUAGACGACUCCAGCUGGUGGAUGAUCAACUUUAGCGACAUUACCAUCAUCCGGGAGCCCUUGGGAAUCCAAGGUUCAUCGGUGGGCUCUGCAGGAAGUCACAGUGGGAGCAGCAGCUGUCAGAGCUAUCUUUCCAGCACUAGCUAUGACCUGAGGGACAAGACAGGCAAAGAAAACAUCUUUACCACUAUAGGUCUCUAUCAGGGAAAUCAAGUGGCCAUCAAGUACAUCAAGAAACCUGCCAGCUGUAAUUACCAGAAACCUUCUAUCAUCGCAGAAUUCAAUGUGAUGAAAGAGAUGAAACAUGAGAACUUGGUGCAGUUCUUUGGCGUUUGCAUCGAGCCGCCGAAUGUCUGUCUGGUCAUCCAGUACUGCAAGAAAGGCAGCCUGAAGGAUGUUCUGAAGGGGUCAGACGUUGAUCUAGAGUGGAUGUUCAAGCUGUCGUUUGCAUAUGACAUUGUCAAUGGACUGGAUUUUAUUCACAACAGCAGCCUUAAGUUUCACGGAAACCUGAAGCCUAGCACAUGUCUGGUGGACAGCCGGCUUCAGAUCAAGCUCUCUGGUUUUGGAUUGUGGGAAUUCAAAUAUGGAGAAAAACCCAAACUGGACUUGGUGGAAAACCCUAUCUAUGAAGAUCUGUACUGGACGGCCCCGGAGCUUCUUAGACAGGUCGAUCCUCCGUGUAACGGAACACCCAAAGGGGACGUCUACAGCUUCGCCAUCAUCUUGUGGGAGCUCAUGUAUAACUCUAAAGCUGGCCCAUAUCAAGACAUCAACCUGCACCCCAAAGAGAUCAUAAUGCAGUUGAGGACGCCUUUCCAAGGGGAACCUCUGCGGCCGGUGCUGUCGGAUCAGCUUUGUGACGAGCAGGUGAACGCCCUGCUGAAGAACUGUUGGAGCGAGAACCCCGACCAUCGUCCGCCUUUUGCAUCAGUACGGAGGCGGCUGAGAGGCAUCAGUCCAGAGAGUCACGCUAAUAUCCUGGAUAACAUGGUGGAUAAGUUGGAGAAGUACGCCAAUCACCUGGAGGAGGUUGUGGAGGAACGGACCAAUCAGCUCACAGCAGAGAAAGCCCGGGCAGAUAAGCUUCUGUCCAGCAUGUUACCAAGGUAUAUUGCAGACGAGCUGAUGGCAGGAAAGUCGGUGGAGCCACAGAGUUAUGACAUGGUGACGAUCUUCUUUUCUGACAUUGUGGGUUUCACCUCCAUGUGCUCUGUUAGCUCUGCGAUGGAGGUGGUUACGUUCCUCAAUGACCUCUACAGCCUGUUUGAUGAUGUCAUAAAGAUGUACGAUGUCUACAAAGUGGAAACAAUUGGUGAUGCAUACAUGGUAGCUAGUGGCCUGCCUAUCAGCAAYGGCAACAAGCAUGUGUUGGAGAUAUCAAUGAUGGCUCUACAUUUCCUGAGUGCCAUUAAAGUCUUCAAAAUCCCCCACAUGCCAAACGAGACCCUUGCAAUUCGCAUUGGCAUACACUCAGGUCCAGUAGUUGCUGGAGUUGUGGGAACCACYAUGCCUCGUUACUGCCUUUUUGGGGACACAGUGAACACAGCGUCGCGCAUGGAAAGUAACAGCUUACCCCUGAAGAUUCACAUUUCUCAGUCCACAGCUGACAUUCUUGUCCAGGCUGGAUCAUUUGAGUUGGAGGAAAGAGGGGAAGUUGAGCUGAAGGGUAAAGGGUUACAGAAGACGUACUGGCUGCUGAGCAAAAAGGGUUUUAAUCCGACUCUUGUUGCACACAACUCGCCAAAAUCUGACUGUCUUAAAAUACAAACAGAGAAACUUGGAUUGUCCAGAGUGGCAGAUGCAAGGCCCCAAAUCUUCCAGCAUAAAUCGAUGAUGACUAAAGUGAAUGUUUAAAAGCAGGAAAACAGGCGGCGUUGAGGAGAACUAAGGAUACGAGGAGGAAAACCUCAAGGGGAACUGAGAGGCGAAGGAGCAGAGCUUGAAGCUUUGACACAUUGUUUGAUUACUGUUUAACGACACUAAAGUUUAUUUUAUUAUUUAAAUUUUGAUACAACCUUUACAGUAAACCCUUUGAUUCAAUGAUUGCUUAUGUGAAAGUGCAGCUUAAAAAAUGUACUUUUGUUUGUUUUGAGGUUUUGUUGUGCUAUAAUGAGUUUUUCAAGACAUAGCGUAACAAAAAAAUCCCAUGUAUUUUUACUGCUGUAAUAUAGGUUCUUAUGAAAUAAUAAGACUGAGGUUUUUGUUGCUGAGUGAUGUAAUUAUGCCACAAAUGUAUACAAGCUGGCAGAAUCAGAGAAAAAAAAUUAGAUUUUUCAAAAAAAGUAGUUUCACCUUGUCAUGAGUAUAAAUAUUACCCAUUCCACYUUUUGAUAAUCCAUUACUGAUCAUCAUCAAAAGCCCAAAAGCACUUAAUACUUUAAACUCACUGUGAACUAAAAUAAAAGCACAAACUUCAACGAGGAACUCAGACAAAACUUCAGAAAAAUCAAAAAAAAUUGUCACACUUUAUGGAUCAGUAACUGAAUUCUUUUAUUCAGUUUGUUUCAUUUGUUGGCAGUUUAAUUCCUAUUUUAUGCAAUUCAUUAAAAAACUUGAUCUUAAUUUUGUCUAAUUUAACCUGUUUUAACCUCCACAUGCAGCACAUCGAACAGUUUUCUGCUCUCUGUCAGA